ACUACUCCGACAACGGCGACAACUUAUGUCAAGCUAUGUUUUGAUUUGUAAUAUUCGUAAUCAUUUCAAUAUUUGGUGGAAAUUGGUUCGUUUCUGAUAAAACUGCCCGCUUAAUUUUAUGCAUAAUGUCCACGGAUUUAAAUGCUAGCUUCAAUGAGCAGUUCAUGAACAUAAACACCAAAUUGAAAAAGCGUUUUCUAAGGAAACCGAAUAUUUCUGAAGCUACCAACGAGUUCAUAGCGCUAGCUAUCCAGUGCGAAUACUCAGAACAACCUACAUUUGCUGGACAUUGCUAUAUUGGCGCAGCUAAAUGCGAGGCAUCUGUUGGUAAUUUUUUGGGUGAAGCAGAGUAUCUAGUGACUGCAGCAAGACAGUUCAUGAAGGCUGAGAAAAAAUUACGUUCAUUAAAGUUUUGUAGUCCAGACAGAGAAAAUCUAGAGGCAGCCAUUGGAUGCUUCACCCAAGCCUUAACCAAGUAUCCAGAAAGGUCCUCCAUCAGGUUGUCCCUAUUAAGCGAGCUGGCCGCAGACCUCGUCACUUUAAACCUUAAGUGUGAAGCGGUAUCUUACUUUGAACAAGCACUCGCUUUAGUACAGGAACCAACCAUGAAGAUCAUGUUUGUGAAGAAUUAUAUUAAUCUGCUUAUUGACUGUGAAAAAUAUGAUAUAGCCUUAGAAAAAUCUAAUGAACUAAUAGACUCCAAUGUAAAUCUACCAGAAGACGUUCUUGCAGAAAUCCAACUAAGCCGAAUUCUACUUUCUCUUUAUAUGGACCCAAAAAGAGAAGCAAAGGUUGAAUCCUUGAAACAGCUAUUCACCGAUAUACUGAAUGAUGUUGACAGUGAAGCAAUACCAUUCAACACAGACCUCCGCCUGAAACUCCAGUCCGCCAUCUUGUCCGCCACCAGCCGGGACACGCAGGCGCUCGCGCGCGCCGCGUGCGACCUGCGGCCCGCGCUCACGCCCGCGCAGCAACACCUCCUUGCGCGGCCACAGGAUAACGUAAAGCCGUGAGGCUAGCCACAGAUAUAAAAAAAAACUAAACUGAGCUAAGAACUGUACCUGUAGGGUUACAGUAUAUCCGGAUUUUUAAAUAGCCGACCUGACCUGACCGAGCACCAUAAAAAAUUGUAUCUGCACUUGUGCAAUGUGCAUAUAUCGGGAAUGUAAUGGUGGUUUUGGAAAGCUUUAUUAUUGCAUUUACUUACAUAUAACAAUGUCAUGUGUAUGAUAGUGUACAGAUGUAGUGCAAAAAGGGUUUCCUUCGUAUUUUUCCGGAAACGUUCGUAUUUGUCAUGCUAGUUCAGUCAAUGUCAGUACAUCUUGUACUGAGACUGACUGAAAUAGCAUGACACAU